AUGAGAGUCCUUGCCGCGAACCGAAUUUUCACCGAGCUAGCCGGGCCGGAGACCAAGUUUGCCCCAACAUCACUCUCAAAUAUCUUUAGUGUCCCAGCGCUCUGCAACGGUAUUAAACACUGUUUUGAUCUGGGCUACCGCGGUGGGGCUAGGUUUCCGUCUUAUGCCCGAGAGACGAAGUACCGUGCGUUGGAGGACGAGCUCGACAGUCCGUUCCAAUACGCCUUUCAGACAAAGUUGCAUUGCUUCGAUUGGUGGAAGGAUCAUCCUCGCGAAGCUUCCCAGUUCCAUAGUAUGAUGACUGACUAUAGGGCUAAUCGGCCACCAUGGAUCUCGUUGUUUCCUAUUGAAGAGUCUAUCUGUACUGAUGUCAUUGGUAAACAGGAGGUUUUGUUGGUCGAUAUCGGUGGCGGAUUUGGACACGAUCUCAUGCUAUUUCGGAAUCGAUGCCCAGAUAUCAAAGGUCGAUUGAUUCUCCAAGAUCAACCAGAUGUGAUCGAUGCAAUCCCAAAAGACAGCCUCCAUCCAACAAUCGAAGUAACAAAACAUGAUUUCUUCCAACCCCAACCGAUCAAAGGCGCGCGAGUUUACUUCCUGAAGCAUGUGCUACACGACUGGCCCAACCCCAAGGCCCUGAUUAUUCUACGCAAUCUCGUGACUGCGAUGAACGAAUACUCUAAAUUAAUCAUCAUCGAGAACGUGCUUCCAGAAGCUGGACCUCUUCCAAUUCCUACGGCUGGCUUGGACUUCAUCUUGAUGAUCGGAUUUGCUGCAAUGGAGAGAACUAAGGAGCAAUGGGAAGAGUUGCUGACCGAAGCAGGGCUGAAGAUCACAAGACAAUGGGUGAAAGAGGAUGGAGACGGCGUUCUAGAAGUUAUGUUGGCGUGA